AGACAUGGCAUGCGACUCGAUGCUGCAGACCAGGCGUGGCAUCUAUCCACUCCAACACCUUACGAUCCGCCGCUCACCUACGGUGGAUGGAACCAAUGUCGAGCUCUGGGAAUGCGAAUCGCAAGUUUGUUGGACGCGAGGGAACAAGAGAGCAACGCAGGAAGUGGACACAGCGACAAUGGAACGAAGCGGAAGAAGAAAAAACACAAGGUUGUCAUACACACAUCGCCGUUCCUGAGAUGCUUGCAGACGAGCGUAGCCAUCUCCGCUGGAAUGGCACAGUUUGAAGCUCCCAAGGACAGGACUUCUUCGAGCAGACCGCGAACCCCUUCACAGAUGCACUCGGCCUCACCGAAGCUGCCUUUAGGAAGCCAAAAGAGAUAUCGAAAGACAAAACUUCGGGUCGAUGCUUUCCUCGGCGAAUGGCUCAACCCGCAGUACUUCGACCACAUUACACCACCACCUCCGAGUUCGAUGAUGGUUGCUACCGCCAAAGCGGAGUUGUUGCAGACAGAAGAGGUGGAUACCUUUACUCCGACGACAACACAGAGGACCUCGGGCGGAUCUCUUUGGAAUGGCGCAAACAAUCGUGCUGGCUCGAGCAGAGAGAGCCCUCUCGACGACUGGAGCCAUGUCACAAACGCUCUACUACACGCUCCUAUUGCUCGACGAGACCGGUCUAAUAGCGCCAGUAGCGUUGGAAGCAAUGAGAGCUCCGGUCGCAAGUCACCCUUUCGGCCGAAGUCACCCUUCAGACACGGACAUGGAUUCCAACCUCUUACUUCGACGAUGCCAAAAGUGGAGGCAUCGACAUACUAUCCACCGCAGCCACAUUACGCGAUCUCGAAUUCAGAUACCAUUCCUCGCGGAUACAUCUCACACGCCCGUGUGAACACGGUCAAUGUGGACUAUCAUUGGGACAGCAGCAGACAUCUGCAAGAGUGGGGUGAUGGAGGACAGUUUGGCGAGGAGUGGUCAUCCAUGCAUCGACGCUUUCGAAGAGGUCUGAAUGGCGUGAUGGAAUGGUACAGUCAGCACGGCAGUGAAGAGCGCGGCGAGGAUGCGCUUGGAUUGGAGCAGGUCAUGACACAUGAAAGCACCGACGAUGAUGAUCAGGAAGACUUGGUGGUGAUUAUGGUCACGCACGGAGCUGGUUGCAAUGCGCUGAUCGGCGCGUUGACCAAUCAGCCUGUUCUCAUGGACGUUGGAAUGGCCAGUCUGACCAUGGCAGUGCGAAAGGAA